AUGGAAGAAUACAAAACUUUCGGCUCAAGAACUUUUCAUGGUUACUCUAUUACCGCUCACAUCAAUGGAAUUUUUGACAAUUCCUACAUUCCAAUGGUCAAUACAAAGGGUAACAACGUCAACAAUAUCACAACUCGUCAAAACAUUCGUUUUCCUCCUAGCGAUGAUAAAGAUGACUUUUACAACGGCAUAAUUCGUUAUGACGUUCGUUUUCCAAACAAACCAUAUGAAGUUAGUGAUGUCGUUGACAGCACCGCUUUUCUUCCCAUACAAAUUAACGGCGACGCUGGAACUUUCAAGGAAUCAUUCGGAAUGGUAAAGAAUGCUACCGGUCGCUAUUUCUUGGUAGAAUCUACUAAACUGAAAGGAAAUGGGAAGAAGGAAUUUAAUCCUUAUGCUAAAGAAUGGGUACCUAAAAGUAAAAUAUUAGGAAAUGUGCCAAACUAUACUACUGUAGCCUCGUCAAAAUCCGGAUCUUCGUUAGGACAAAACGUUACAAUAGUUGAUAUUCCGGCAACUCGAUUCUUAAAUCCUAAUGAAGAGAAGAUAUCAAAAAUUACCGACAACGUACCUAUUAUUAUCAAAGAUAAAAAUCCUGAAUCUUUAGGAUGUACUCGUAGAGUUGACUUUAACGGCAACUUUUCGAAUCGAAAAUGUGGUAUUAAAGUAUCAAGUCCUAUCAAUACCAACUAUAAAGACGCCAGUUAUCAAGGCGAAUUCAGAGAAUCCGAGUUGAAAAAGAAUGAAAGCAGAACAAAUGGCUUCGUUAAAGACAUACCUACCAGAAAUAAACAAGCGAUGAUCGGCAAGGAGUUACGAACGGCUUCAAUUGAUACCGUCGAUGACAUCAAUAACUCAAGCGAAAACUCUAAUAUUCAAAUGUUGAAUAAAUCCAAAAAGCAGGUUUGCAUUAAUGAUACCAGUUCCAAUUUCAUUUCCGUGAAAACUGCGAAUGAUAGUGAUAUAAUAUUAAACACAAAACACUCUGUGUCAUUCGUUGUGGGUGCGCCGGUUUGCCGCCUUGAAAAGUCUUUAAUCAAAUGCCCUUUUAAGAAGUUUGGCCGUGAAGAUAUUACGGAUGAGUUUAUCGUUUACAAAGGGAAUGAAAAGGCUAUGGAGAAAGUCAGAAAAGCCAUAGUAGAAUCAAAUAUUCGCGAGCAGGGAGAAAUUAAUAAUGCUUCGUCACUUAAAGUUGACAUGUCAUUUGCACAAUUAGCGACAGUCAAUGAAACAAUCGAGAACAUUAAACGUAGCAAUGGAUUGUUCAUGUUCUCACCUGAAACACCUGAAAUAGCUACUCCUUCUACUGCGGUUGGUUUACUUAAACCGUUCAUCUGGACUGGUUUACAUUGGGUUACUGAACCUUCACGUUGGCUAUGUGUCUCAAACUUCCCAUUUGAAUCCGAAUAUUAUCCUGAUUUGAGACACUUGUUUGAGGCAUAUGGAGACGUUCGCGAAAUAUACUGCGGUUCUAAUGGAAUUGCAUACGUCUUUUAUUACGAUAUUAGAGAUGCGAUAAAGGCACAAAAUUUAUUAAGACAUAAAGAGGCUCCUCAUAACGGAGGAAGAUUAGACGUCAAGUUUAGUCAAAAGCCAACAAACGUUAAUAGAUUGGCGCAUUUAUAUCCACCAAUCGGCUUGCUAGAACGACAAAAUGAAGGUAGUCUGAUCAUUUACCAUACUGCACGUGCAAAUGAACCUGCAGUAAAGGCCCAAUUCAGCAAGUACGGAACUAUUAAAGAAUUUAAAUCUCAAACAUACGAGGACUUGCGAGUAAUAAUUCUCGAGUAUUAUGACUCAAGAAACGCGAAUUCAGCCAAAAUUUCUUUGAAUGGACAAAAAAUACAAGAUACGACUUUGUCCAUCGAAUUCCAUGAUCCCAGCGCACAUUCAUGGGACGUAAUAACUCACGAAAUCUCCAGCCGAAAAAAAGCUCCAAAACAUGGCUCGAAAAAUUACCCAGCACCGCCAGUAACUAGUACAGUACAUUCGUCUGGGAAUAGAAUGAUUCCUUUGAAGAAUCAGUUGAAUCUCGAAAAAAUCAAGCAAGGGCUUGACGCUCGGACCACAUUCAUGGUCCGAAAUAUUCCAAAUAAAUACACGCAAGAAAUGUUGCGCGCGGAACUUGACGAAACGCACAAAGGCAAAUACGACUUUUUGUAUUUGCGUAUCGACUUCGCAAAUAAAUGUAACGUCGGUUACGCUUUUAUAAAUUUCGUAGAUAUCAACGCGGUGAUAUUGUUCUCAGAAUCGCGUGUAGGUCGAAAAUGGGCCUGUUUUAAUUCGGACAAAAUCUGCGAGUUGUCAUACGCAGAUAUACAAGGGUAUCCUGCACUUGUCGAGAAAUUCAAGACCUCAAGCGUAAUGAGGGAAAGACCAGAAUAUCGUCCAAAGGUAUUUUUUACUUCGGGGCCCAUGAAGGGUAUGGAGGCUCCUUUCCCAUACAUCCCGACCCGAAAAUAA